GUAAUCUAUUUUUACAGAAAUAUAUUUUCAGAAUUGAAGAUGUCCCUGACACUGAAGACACUGCAACUGAGCGGGAGGUCCCUGACCUCUGUGCCCAGCAGGACCUUUAUCAACAGCGAGGGAGUGAAGAAGUGGGCCUUCGCUGCUUCAGGGUUCAACCAGUACGGACUCUACAGGGACGAUUGUCUCUACGAGAGCGAUGAUGUCAAGGAGGCUUUGAGACGUAUUCCUGCACAUGUUUUGGACGAGAGAGCUUUCAGGCUCCAGAGAGCAGUUCAGUGCUCCAUGAUGAAAACUGUUCUCCCUAAGGACCAGUGGCCGACCUAUGAGGAGGAUAGAGAGAAGGGCAGGUACUUGACUGCUUACCUGGAGGAGGUUGAGAAGGAGAGAGCUGAACGUGAAGCUUGGGCAAAGAAUGCAUAAAUUUACCCCCCACCCCCUAGUAUACAACUGUAGUAAAUAUAAUAAAUUAAUAUUCUUCA